GUCAAUAGCUGUCGGUUCCGUUCAUUUAUUUUUUUCCCUACCUUGCGUCGUCCCUCUUUUUUUCAGGUAGGUACACAAAUUCCUGACGUACCGUACCUUAAGGUGCACACAUACAUGUACAUACAGCUCAGCUGCAUGCCCAGCCCAAUCUACUACUCAUCCUGCAAAGCUAGCCUUACCCUGUGUCACCGGUAUUUUAAUUCUUCUUCUUCUUCUUCGUCUUGUCCGGCUGGUCGGCGUGUUCCGAUCUUUUUUUUUAUUCUUCUUUGGUCUCAACUUAACUUAACUUAUCCCUUUUCGCCUGUCCCUCCAUCUAUCGCCGGCUACGAUGGAUGCGGAGUUGUCCUAGAGAAGGACGGGAAUUAACUGACGACAAGCGCUGCAGAGCAAAGCUACAGCUUCAGCUACCUCAGCUCCAACUACCUUAGAUACUUCAAUCGACAACCCGCAGCAAACUCUAAGUCUAAGUGGGCAGAUUAAUUAGGUAUAUUUACCUAUUUCCGCGCCUCGCUACUGACGCGGCGGGAUCGAACCUACUGCAGCUAUUAGCUACAUAGUAGCUGACUUACACAACCCGGCUGGCCAAUCAUCAUCCCUCCCCUCGCCAGCUUUCUCUCUCCUCCCCCCCGCCCCCUUCUCGACGCGCAAAAUGUCGCUAAAUAGAAAUAUGAGGGCUGACGACGUCGAAUCCGAGCGCAAGGCUAAGGGUCCUGAUAUCGACUAUGGCUUCGGCUACGUUAGCGACAGCAAUGCCGUUCACAGCCAGGAACUCACCGCGGGCGAGUCCGUGUAUGCUAAGCUCCAGCGCUUCGCGGGUAAAUUUGGCGUCGAGCAGAGAGGCAUUGAGCGUGUUCCUAGUGAUGAGAGGACGGAUUCGAGUAUGACCCAGGUCGGCACACUGUGGUUCUCGGCCAAUAUGGUCGUCUCGUCGUUUGCGAUUGGCGCUCUUGCGCGUCCCGUCUUUAACCUAGGGUUCGUAGACAGCGCCUUGACAAUCAUAUUCAUCAACCUCCUGGGUAUAAUGCCGGUCUGUUUCUUCUCAACCUUUGGGCCCCGAUUCGGGCUGCGACAGAUGGUUUUAUCGCGGUUUUACUUUGGCUUCUACGGCGUCAAGUUAAUUGCCGUAUUCAAUAUCCUGGCGUGUAUUGGUUGGUCUGCAGUUAAUGUCAUAGUCGGCGCACAGUUCUUCCACGCGGUCAACGGAGAUGUACCUGGCUGGGCUGGCAUCCUGGUUAUCUCCUUUGCGACACUAGCCAUCUGCACAUUCGGCUACAAAAUCGUCCACGCCUACGAGAAGUGGUCCUGGAUCCCGGUAUUCGUCAUGUUCAUGAUCGUAUUGGGUACCUUUGCCCACUCCGGCGAAUUCAACAGCUUACUUCCGCUCGAGACCGGACCCAGUGAAGCAGGUGGCAUACUAUCUUUCGCGGCAUCGGUAUAUGGUUUUGCUACGGGAUGGACAUCCUACGCUGCUGAUUACACAGUGUACCAACCGGUGAACCGUUCCCGGAGAUCUAUCUUCCUAUUUACUUUCGCCGGCUUGUUUGUCGCUCUGUGUUUUACCGAGCUUCUCGGUGCUGCCGUAGCCACAGCUAUGGCUACGAACGAAACCUAUGUCGAAGCCUAUGAGGACGCGCAUAUCGGUGGCCUGCUAGCUCAGGUCCUCGUACCGCGUCUCGGCCGCUUCGGCGAGUUCUGCGUCGUGAUGCUGGGCCUCUCCAUCAUUGGGAACAACUGCCCGAACGCAUACUCGGUCUCGUUGUCGCUACAAGUAUUAUCAGAGAAGACGCAGCGUGUACCGCGCUUCGUCUGGACUUUACUCGGCACGGCCGUAUACAUCGCCAUCGCAAUCCCGGGGUAUGAUCACUUCGAGGAUACGCUUGAAAGCUUCAUGCUUAUCAUUGGUUACUGGCUAGCCAUCUACGAGGGUGUUUCCUUGACGGAGCACUUCGUUUUCCGGCGCGGCUCUUUCACCCGGUAUAAUCCUGAGGACUACGCUAACCCCUCCCGCUUGCCCCCCGGUUUCGCCGCCGUCACGGCAUUUUGUGUAGGUGUUGGUGGCGCCGUGCUAGGAAUGGCGCAGCAGUGGUUCACAGGUCCCAUAGGCAAGCUGUGUGGUGCUGCACCGUUCGGCGGCGACGCGGGCUUCGAAUUGGCAUUUGGGUUUGCGGCAGUAAGCUAUCUUGGCCUUAGAUCGAUCGAGAGGGCGUACUUUGGCAGGUAGGGGGGAACAUACAUUUUAGAUACCUACCUAGGUAUACAUUGGUACACUAGAUUUUAGGGUCACGGCUUGAGUAGUUAUUAGGUACCAAUGAGGUUCUGUGUGUGUCAUUUGCCACACAUACCUAUCUAGAGGGCGAGGUGUAAAGAGUGUAUAGUACGAUGUAAGAUGGUGGGGGUAACGAGAUGAGACCAGUUGGGAUGACAUUAGCAUAGAUUGGUUCGAUACUCCUUUGGAAUGAUGAGAAGUGAUGAUAAAGA